UCGAGCCGGAUGACGGGCGGUGCCCUCCAGCCCCGCGCCGCCGCCGCCACCAUGAGCUUCGCCGCGCUGCUGCGGCUCCGCGGGCCGCGGCUGCUCCGGGCCGUCCUCCACCCGCAGCGCUGGAGCCGGCGGCGCGGCGGCGGCUGCGAGCCUCCAGCGGGCGCCGCUGUGCGCAUCGGCUGCGCCUCGGGCUUCUGGGGGGACACGGCGGCCGCGGUGCCGCAGCUGCUGUACGGCGGGAAGCUGGACUUCCUCGUCUUCGAUUACCUCUCCGAGAUCACCAUGUCGCUGCUGGCGGCUGCCAAAGCCCGCUCUCCCGUGCUGGGUUACGCUCCGGAUUUCGUCUCCGCUGCCAUGGCUCCGUACAUAAAAGAUAUUCACAGGAAAGGUGUUCGUGUCAUCAGUAAUGCGGGUGGGAUCAACCCUCUGGCUUGUGCGGCCGCUCUGCAGGAGGUGGCAGAGAAGGCAGACGUUGAUUUGAAAAUAGCUGUUAUUACUGGAGAUGACCUAAUGAGUGAGAAAGAGAACCUAAGAGGAGCUGGCAUCACUGAUUUGGAGAGUGGCAAACCAUUUCCAGAGAGUGUUCAUAGCAUGAACGUGUAUCUUGGGGCAAGACCAGUAAGCAGAGCUCUUGACCUUGGGGCUGACGUUGUAAUCACUGGUAGAUGCGUCGACAGCGGGAUUGUAUUAGGGCCGCUCAUUCACUCUUUUGGCUGGAAUAGGGAUGAAUUUGACUUGCUAGCUGCAGGAAGCCUUGCAGGUCAUCUUAUUGAAUGUGGUGCUCAGUGUACUGGUGGAAUAUUCACUGACUGGCAUUUGGUACCAGACUGGCACAACAUAGGCUUUCCCAUUGUAGAGUGCUCUUCUGAAGGAGACUUCAUUAUUUCCAAACCACCCGACACAGGGGGGCUGAUCUCCUUUGGCACUGUGGCUGAACAGCUGGUGUAUGAAGUGGGCAAUCCUCAGCGCUACCUUUUACCAGAUGUCACCUGUGACUUUUCUCAAGUUUCCAUCAUUGAAAUUCCAGGUUUUGAAGGUGGUGCAGUGAAAGUUCAUGGAGCGAAAGGAUCCCCUCCUUCAGCGUUUUAUAAGGUAAGUGCCACUUACCUUGAUGGUUUCAGAGCUACUGCUGUCUGUCCGGUGGGAGGUCCGAAGGCUGUACAAAAGGGAAAACUCACUGCAGAAAGUAUUCUCAAAAGGACACGUCUCAUUUUCAGUCAGCUUGGGUACGAAGAUUACAGUGCAGUUAACAUACAGGUUUUAGGGUCUGAAGAUACAUAUGGGCCGCACGCUAGAAGGAGUAUAGAUGGUCAGGGUCCUCGAGAAGCUGUUAUUUGGCUUGCAGUACAUCAUAAGCAAAAAGAAGCUUUAGAAAUCUUCUCCAAAGAGAUUGCACCAGCUGGAACUGGCAUGGCACCUGGCCUCACUGGAGUUAUUGGAGGGCGCCCUAGAAUAUCUCCAGUUUUGAAGCCAUUUUUCUUCCAUUAUCCAAAGAGCAAUGUCCAGAUCAACUUAUUUCUAAAUGGUCAGUAUGUUGAGACAUUUGAGGAGGAUCUCACGUUUACAUCAGAUGAGGCUGUUUCCUUUGAUCCACCCAAGAUUAAUGCUGAAUUGAAAGAUCUGCCAAGUGGCCACCAUACCUACCGCCUAGAGGAUCUUGCCUAUACUAGAAGUGGAGACAAAGGCAACUCUGCAAACAUAGGUGUCAUAGCACGGCAUCCUUUGUAUUAUCCAUAUCUAAAGAAAACUUUAACUGCUCAAGCCUUGGAGAACUACUUUGAACACCUUUUAGAGCGAGAAAAACCUGAAGAAGAGCUGGUAUCAAGAUAUGAAUUGCCAGGAAUCCAUGCAUUAAAUUUUGUUUUGAGGAAUUCCCUUGGUGGUGGUGGUGUAGCAUCCCUAAGGAGUGACCCACAGGGCAAAGCACUUGGGCAGAUGCUGCUGGAUUUCCAGAUUAAAAAUGUUCCUGAUUUAAAAUCAUUGAUAGAGUAACAGGUGCUUGAUACAUACGUUUUUGUAACACUUUUGAGUAAUAUAAAAAUGUCAUAAGGAAGAAGUUUUUGAGUCACAGAAUCACAGAAUGGAUGGGGUUGGAAGGGACCCCAAGGAUCAUGAAUCUCCACCCCCCCCUGCCACAUGCAGGGCCACCAACCUUCACAUUUAUUGCCAGCCCAGGCUGCCUAAGGCCCCAUCCAACCUGGCCUUGAACACCUCCAGGGAUGGACAGGGCAUCCACAGCCUCUCUGGGCAGCUGUUCCAGCACCUCACCACUCUCUCUGUAAAGAAGUUCCCCCUGACAUCCAACCUCAAUCUUCCCUCCCUCUUAAAACCAUUUCCCCUUGUCCUGCUGUUAUGUAACCUUUCCAAGAGUCAGACUUAAAAGUCACCGCAGAAAAUCAGCGACAGUUCUCUCUCAGAGGCUUUGCUAUAUGGUACAAAUUAAUAACUGCUUUGAGUCAUGCCAGACUUACAGCUCCGUCUGUGACUAAUAACAUUUGAUGGAGAAUUAAUUUAUUUCCUGUAAAAUAGAAUUAAACAAAUUGCAACGUAACAUUUAAUUAUGAGACAAGAUACAGUCUUUGUUCCAAGAUGAAAAUUACCUCCUGUUCCAUUCAUCUCUUUUCCUUCUCUAAAUCUUUAUUUGAAAAUUAAAUAGACCAGUAUAGUUGAGCUCCUGUCAGCAGUCUUUGUCCUGUGUGUAGAGUGAAGCUAGACAACCUGCUGUGCAUCACCAUGAAGUUAGCACUGCCUGGCACUGGAGAACAGCUUUCCCUAAUGGGCCGUGAAGAAGUUUAGUAAUUGUUACUACUGUGUAGCAACCAGUAGUAAAUGCAGCCCUUUGGUGGUGAUCCAUCAACUUUCCAGCUCUUUGUCCAAUUAAUGACAGAUUUAUCUAUUACUUCCAGCAUCUUUCUAAUGAAUGGCUUAGGUUGGAAGGGACCUUGAAGAUCCUCGAGCUCCAGCCUCCCUGCCAAGUCCAUCUAUCAGUUGAAAAGGACUAACCAAUGAAGUGCUCUCUUGUCUCUGUCCCGACUCCAGUUAUCCCCUCUGCAUUUCCCUUUCCCCAUCCACCCUUUUCCCCUGCUGCAAUAUAUUACUAGUCUAUCCAAAUUAGGGUACUGAGAACUUUUUCACUUGAUUAAGCGGAGGCCCCCAAGAUCUGUGUCAGUUCCUGUGGCACUGUCAGGAUAGAAAUUCUGGCCCAAAAAUUAGCUCUGUUUCUUCUGCAGAAGCCAUGCAAAUAUUACUGUGCACAUUCCAACAUUUCAGAAAUGAAUCUUCCCUUUUAUUUUGGGAAGACUGUACUAAUAGUAUAAGAAAAAUGAUGAAAAUAAGUAUUUGAUGAACUUCACUGAACUGCUUUCCUAAAUCUCACACUGUGCUACCAUUAUUACUAAUUUCCUAGCCCCCUUGCUUGCUAAUGAGGAUUAUACAACAAAUUGUUCCCCCCUUUUCUGUGGCUUUAACUUGAAGUUAUAAGCAAGAGCUUUAUCCAUCUCAACACAUUAGCCAGCUGUAGAUGCUACCUGUGUAACACAGUUCAUGGAAGGUGUUCUGAGAAAUGGAUCAUUACUUCAUUGCAGAAGAGCGUGCAACUUCAUAUGUUUCUGCUGAUUUUCAUGUUUACAUUCAUUGCUCAUUUAGAAAACUGUUGUUAAUAAUCUGGAAGCCUUUUACCCCAGCAAAAUACACAAACGUAUUGAGAGGAAAUAAAAAAUAAAAAGCUGAUAGACCUCAGUAGCAAACCUGCGGAGAUGAGAAAGGCAAUGGUGAAUAUGUGCAGUUUAUUCAGUGUGCUGCUUAAGUGACUGUAAAUGUGUACGCAGCUAUUUUGGAAUUAAAGUAUACAUUUCUAAGUAUAAA